GCGACGAUAGCCAGCACUCGGCCGGGGGCAUGUCUUGUCUACGAACAUUUGCGCCUGUCAGACACCCGACGGCUCUGUGAGAUCAUGGCCGGCUUUGCCCAUUUCCUGCGGGGCAUCCUGAUCCCGCUCGUCAUCGCCCUCGUCCUCUACGUCUCCGCCACGCUCUUCGUCCUGCCCUUCGUCCGCCGCCACCGCACCCGCUACUCGCAGUACCUGCCCGUGCCGACAUCCAUGGCCAGCCACGCCGCUGGCUGGCGCACCAAGCUGUCCGACGCCCUCUACCACCUGUUCAUGCCGAGCACCUGGACCCGCCAGCCGCCGGUCCACAUCCACGCCGACGACGACGAGUCGAGCGACUUCGACGACGACGAGGGCGAGGGCAUGGUCGGCUUCGAUCCCCUCGACGGCCGGCGGCGGGACGCGCUGGAGCAGCGGCCGAGCAGGGUCGACGAGGAGCGGCGGCUGGGGCGGGACCUGGAGCAGGGCUUCAAGGACGACAGCGAGGACGAGGACCGAGACGAGACGAGGCGGUCGUUGUCGCGGUCGAGACCUUAGAAUGUGGUUGUUUGGUCCGUUUGGCGAGGAGACGUGCCACGCCGUGCUUCUUGGAUGCAUUUCAUUGGAUACCCAUAGACUGUUCAAACCGCACCGCAAUUCCCACCACGCGUCGUACUGCUUGUGUCUGCACAAGAUUUAUUUUUUUGACGCUCUACAGCACGGCACAUUCCUUCAUGCAUAUUCUCUCUCUGCAAUCAAAAAGACAGGCUCGCGAUGAGGCUUUAUACCUAAUACUACCUACUAAACAAACAUAGAACCUAAUGCUACCCACUGAAUAAAUGUAGAACACAG